AGAAGGAAUUGAGCAAUUUACAGAUUACAAAUGGAGAAGAAGAAGCAUUUAUCCACCGUUGCUAACGACGUUCUUCAAGGAUGUGCAGUGAGAUUGGAGACGUCUGUGAAUGUAUUAGUGGAAGAAUUCGAAAACAGAUGGAAGGCGGAUACGGGAGGAUACUCGAGGAAAUUAGUGGAGUAUUGUGCCUCGAAAGUGCUCAAUGAAAUAUGUAGGAACUUGGAAGAAGCGAUUAUGGAAGGAACUUUCAAUCGGUUUACAUUCGACAUGAUGCUUGCUUGGGAAACACCUAGUUCUGCAGAUGAAGAGUCUCAUCAGGAGUGUGUGGCCAAGGAAAAAGAAGAGAGGAAAACACCGAGGGAUACCAAGUUGACUGACGAGAAGGAUGACAUUCCUCUGUUCUACACAGACGUCAUGCCACUGCUUGUUGAUAACGAGCCAAGCGUCGGAGAUGAUGCUUUUCUGUGGUUUGGAUCAUUAGUUCCUUUGGUGGCUGAUUUCGUGAACGGGAGAUUCACUUUUGAGACGCUAACUAUAUCUACUGGGAACCGUUUACAUUUCCCUGCAUACGACAGAUUCCUUAAAGAAAUCAUUAAAUGUGUAACGCAUUUGCAAAAGCAAGCAACACCAAAGGGUGUGGUUAUGGCAGAUGAUGAAUUCAUUCUGCACGUCGAGGGAACUGCAACUUCACAAAGAGUUAUACGCCAUAUCGGAGGACAAAGUUGGCCUGGUAGGCUGACAUUAACCAACUAUGCUCUCUACUUUGAGGCCUCAGCGAUUGUUUCCUAUGAAGAUGCAAUUAAGCUUGAUUUGUCCAAGGACAUAGAGCAGUCUGUAAAACCAGGAGCAACAGGCCCCUUGGGUUCUCCUCUUUUUGACAAGGCCAUAAUUUACGAGUCCUCUGAGCUGAAAGAUGAUGUCCACAUUGAGUUCCCCGAGAUGACUAGCUCCACCAGACGUGACCAUUGGCUCGCUCUAGUAAAGGAAAUUAUGCUUUUACACAAGUUCUUAACAAAGUUCAAAGUGGAAUCUCCUCUAAAAGCUUGGGAGAUGCAUGCAAGGACCAUCCUAGGGAUAAUAAGGCUCCAUGCAGCCAGAGAGAUGCUACGGAUUUCUCCGCCUGAUCCCAAAAGCUUCCUCAUUUUUGCGUUGUUUGACGAGCUGCCUACAGGGAGCAAUGUGUUACAAGAGCUUGCUGAGAGUUUGAAAACCGGCGAAACUGGACACCCGUGCAGCGCUACCUCCAUCCUCCGCAACUUGAAUGUCUCCCAUGUUUGGACCCAGAACACAGAAAUUAAAGUAGGGAGCGGAAGUAACAGACCUGAAAAUCUGUCAUCCUUGGAAACAGCAGUCGAACAAGUUAGAGAGGAAGCAAAAGAGAUCAACGUGGCGAAAGCUAAGGCCGAUGAGUUAAAAGACGAAGGGAUUGGCAAUAGUGCUCUUGUAUUGAAGGAGCUGGUGAAACCAUUAAAAGACGCAGUGCCAUGGUUUCAAGGGGUCAUCCAGUGGGAAAGACCAGCAUCCACCCUGGCAGUGGUUGGCAUUACCCUACUAGUUGUAUACAAAGAAUGGGUUGGCAAGGCCAUGGCGACAUUCUUGAUGUGGGUAGUCUCGAAAAUGAUCUGGGCAAGACGAAAUGAAGUCGGCAAGAAAACCAAAUUUGUUGUGUGUACUGCUUCUGACCAGACAACAAGGGAGAGCAUAGUGUCGGCACAACAUGGACUCAACUCAGUAUACAGCAUCAUGCAGUUGGCGAACAUUUCGAUAUUAAAAAUUUGGUCAAUAUUGUUGUCCAACGCCCCCGAGCACACGGAGACGGUGAUCAUAGCAAUGACCGGGUGUGCGAUUGUAUUAGCGGUGGUCCCUCUAAAGUUGAUAAUUAUGGGAGUUGUGGCAUCGGUAUUUGCAUCGACAUCCAAGUUGGGGAAGGUGGUGAAGAGCAAGAAGAGAGACAUGGGGAAUCGGAGACUGAAGGGAUGGUGGGAUUCGAUUCCAGUUAUCCCCAUUGAAAUUGUGGACAAGGUCGAAGACAUUCCUAAAGCAACGAAAAGAGACUAGCCUUUGUCCGGAAGAUAAUAAGCGUUGGGACUUUCCGAGUCUUUUGUACCUAUUUGUUGUUUUGAGCUGUAUAAACAUCAGGUGUUUGUAGUUUGUAUGUCAUUCCACCUUAACCCUUUGGUUGUGUGUGUGUGUGUGGGGUAACGUUAUGCUGGGACAGAUUUUCUUUAGAGGUUGUUGAACAGAAUUUGAGUGAGAUUAGAAUGCAUUUUUUCUGUGUUAGAUAAAAUAGGUGAAGAGGGUGAAUAUCUAAACCAUCUAUGCUAAAUUUAAAACAUUAAACCUUUAAUGUU